AUGCCCAAGCGGAAAGUUGCAGCCCUAGAAAAGGUCGAAGCUGACCUUGUCAACCUCCAAUCCUAUGCCCAGGAGUUCUACGACCAGUGGUUGGCGUACGAUGCUCAGCGCCAAAUCUUUUUCUCAUCGCCAGCAACAGCAUCGUCUGAAGAUAUCAAGAAGUUCCAUGAUCUUGUCGACCUGGUUGCGCAUGUCGCCGACCUCUACCCCGAUAUCACCGCCCCGUUUCCUGACCAUCUCAAGCAACUCCUGACCCAACACCAUACCACGCUCGACAAGGACCUGCGCGAGAAGGUGGUAGGAAGCCUGGUGCUGCUGCGCAGAAAAGAUGUGAUUGACUCCGUCAGCCUCCUAACGACGCUCUUCCCUAUUCUCAUCUCGUCGCCGAGCAAGUCUCUUCGCACUUUGAUUUAUACAAAGAUCAUCAGCGACCUAAGGGAAUCGAAUGCGAAGGCUACAAACCAUAAGCUCAACCGCACUAUCCAAACCGUGCUUCAUAACCUCCUUACUUCCGACCGCACUUCUAGCAAAGGCCUCUGGGCAUGCCGAAUUACUCGCGAGCUAUGGCGCCGUCAGAUAUGGACCGACGCCAGGCCCUGCGAUGUCAUGAAAGAGGCAUGUCUUAGCGACAAUGAAAAGGUAGUUGUUGGGGGUUGUCGGUUUUUCUUGGGUGGUGAUAAGGAGAGGGAAGAACUCGAGGAUGAGGAAAGCGACGAGGAUAUUGACCUUAAGAAGGUCAAGCACCAGAGCCUCAUCAACAAGAAAACUAAAAAACGUCAAAAAGCUUACGAGAAGGCACUGGAGAAGAUCAAGAAGCAAGAACGAAAGAAACACGCGCCACAUCCCCUGAACUUCUCAGCUCUUCACCUCAUCAAUGACCCUCAAGGGUUUGCCGAGAAGCUGUUCCAGAAGCACCUGCAAAACUUAAAGAACAAGUUUACACUCGAGAACCGCCUGCUAGUACUGCAGCUCGUUACUCGUCUUGUUGGCUUGCACAAGCUUACCGUCCUCCCCCUCUACUCCUGGUUUGUGCGGUACCUUACUCCCAAGCAACUCAACGUCACGACCUUCCUAGCUUGUCUUGCUCAAGCAACGCACAAUUUGGUACCACCUGAUGUGAUUGAGCCACUCGUUGUCAAGAUCGCCAACGAGUUUGUAUCUGAGGCUUCGGCGGCUGAGGUUGCGGCUGCUGGUCUCAACGCUAUCCGAGAAGUGGCCAUGCGGCAGCCCUUAUGCAUGAGCGAAACCCUUCUUCAGGACCUAGUGCUAUACCAGAAGAGCAAGGACAAGGGUGUGAUGAUGGCAGCGAAGGGUCUGCAAUCUCUGUACCGGGAGGUAUACCCAGAGAUGCUGCAGAAGAAGUUCCGUGGCAAGGAGGCCACGAUGGGUCUUCGCGCCGGAGAGAUCAAACCUCUCAAAUUCGGUGAAGAAGAGGCGGCCGAGGAUAUCGAGGGUAUCGAGCUAUUGGAAAAGUACAAGGAAGAGCAGAAGAAAAAGAAGGUCGAACAAGGCGAAGGAGACGGUGAGAACAAGGAUGGUGGCGAGGAGGAUGAGGAUGAUGGAUGGAACUCGUCAGAGUGGGAGGUUGCCUCCGAUACAAGUGAAUCAUCUGGUGGUUGGAUUGAUGUCAGCAGUGAGUCUGAAGACGAAGGCCCAGCAAAAAAGAGACAGAGGAAGGAUUCCGGGGCUGAGGAAGUCCCUGAACUUGUCGACACGUCGAAAACUAAUGGCGAAGUCCAAACAAAUGGCGAGGCUAAGGCCGGUAGCGAGGCUCGACCGAACGGCACAGCAGAGUCUACAGCUGAGGCUGAGGCGAGGCGCAUCUCUAAGCUUGCCACUACGACUAUUUUGACGCCUGCCGAUUUGGCCAAGCUGAAGGAACUCCGUCAACAGGCCAAACUCGACAAAAUGCUUGGCAACACCGCCAAGCGCAAGAAGGAGCUGAUUGAGAAGCACAUCGAAGAUGGCUUGACAGCUGAGGAUAUUGAGCUUCCGGCACAGCUAGGCAAGAAGGCAACUAAGGAAGAGAAACUGGAACGCGCGCGCGAAAACAAGCCAUCGCGCGAUGAGCACAAGUCGACGCAGGCUCUGCGCAAAGCCAAGAAGGAGGCCGAAGGAAAGAGUUCAACCAACAAGGAGAAGGCGCGUAAGAAGAACUUCUUUAUGACGCUUGGCAAGGCGAAGCAGAAACAGAAGAGGAGUUUGGUGGAGACAAGGAAAGCGUUGAGAGCGCACAUCAAGAGGAGCAAGGCUGGAGGGAGGAGGAGGAAUGGACAGUAG